GAAGCGAUUCCUCCGCCCCCACGCUUACCUACCCAGCCCUGCGCGGCGCGUUCCCCGCGGAGCCCAGUCCAGCGCCAGCCUGUUCACCAGCCGCUGCACUGAACCCUGGUGUCCGUCUCCGCCUGGCCAGGACCCCGCGUCGCGGACCCGCGAUGGCCAAGCGCAGCUCGCUGUCCAUCCGCAUCGUGGAAGGGAAGAACCUGCCAGCCAAGGACAUCACCGGCAGCAGCGACCCCUACUGCAUCGUGAAGGUGGACAACGAGCCCAUCAUCAGGACAGCCACAGUGUGGAAGACCCUGUGCCCCUUCUGGGGCGAGGAGUACCAGGUGCAUCUCCCGCCCACCUUCCAUUCUGUGGCCUUCUACGUCAUGGAUGAGGAUGCCCUCAGCCGGGACGACGUGAUCGGGAAGGUCUGCCUCACCAGGGACACCCUGGCCACUCACCCUAAGGGUUUCAGUGGGUGGGCCCACCUGAUGGAGGUCGACCCUGACGAGGAGGUGCAGGGCGAGAUCCACCUGCGGCUGGAGGUGGUGCCGGGGACCCGGGCCUGCCGCCUGCGCUGCUCUGUGCUGGAGGCCAGGGACCUAGCCCCCAAGGACCGGAAUGGUGCCUCUGACCCCUUUGUCCGCGUGCGCUACAACGGCCGGAUGCAGGAGACCUCGAUCGUGAAAAAGUCAUGCUACCCACGCUGGAACGAGACGUUUGAGUUUGAGCUGGAGGAGGGGGCAGCGGAGGCGCUGUGCGUGGAGGCCUGGGACUGGGAUCUUGUCAGCCGCAACGACUUCCUGGGCAAAGUGGUGUUCAACGUCCAGAGACUGUGGGCAGCCCAGCAGGAGGAGGGCUGGUUCCGGUUGCAGCCCGACCAGUCUAAGAGGCGGCGGGAAGAGGGCAACCUGGGCUCCUUGCAACUGGAGGUGCGGCUGCGGGAUGAGACGGUGCUGCCCUCCGGCUGCUACCAGCCACUUGUGCAGCUGCUGUGCCAAGAGGUGAAGCUGGGCACCCAGGGCCCAGGGCAGCUGAUCCCACUCAUCGAGGAGACCACAAGCACCGACUGCCGCCAGGACGUGGCCACCACCCUGCUCAAGCUCUUCCUAGGACAGGGACUGGCCAAAGACUUUCUGGACCUGCUCUUUCAGCUGGAGCUGGGACGCACCAAUGAGGCCAACACCCUGUUCCGGAGCAAUUCUCUGGCCUCCAAGUCCAUGGAGUCUUUUCUGAAGGUGGCUGGGAUGCGGUAUCUGCAUGGCGUCCUGGGCCCCAUCAUUGACAAGGUGUUUGAGGAGAAGUACGUGGAGCUGGACCCCAGCAAAGUGGAGGUCAAGGAUGUAGGGUGCUCCGGGCUGCACCGCCCUCAGACCGAGGCUGAGGUGCUGGAGCAGAGCGCACAGACGCUGCGUGCCCACCUGGGGGCGCUGCUGAGCGCGCUCACUCGGUCGGUUCCCGCAUGCCCCGCCGUGGUCCGCGCCACCUUCCGCCAGCUCUUCCGGCGCGUGCGCGAGCGCUUCCCCAGCGCCCAGGACGAGAACUUGCCCUUCAUCGCCGUCACCAGCUUCCUGUGCCUGCGCUUCAUCUCUCCUGCCAUCAUGGCGCCCAAGCUCUUCCACCUACGCGAGCGGCACGCGGACGCCCGCACCAGCCGCACCCUGCUCCUGCUGGCCAAGGUCCGGGACUGUGGACGCCGGCGGGAGAUGCCCCGCUGGGUGCUGAACAAGGGUCCCUACCUGGACUGCGCUGUGUUCCCCACCGGCUCCAGGAAAGCCUCGUGGCUGGCCACGGGCGGUCCAGAACGUGGGCAACAUGGACACGCCGGCUUCCAGGGCCAAGGAGGCGUGGAUGGAACCACUGCAACCCACAGUGCGCCAGGGCGUGGCCCAGCUAAAGGACUUCAUCACCAAACUGGUGGACAUCCAGGAGAAAGAGGGACUAAGGGCAAAGGCCCCCUCAUGUCCUCCUCCUUCAAGAAGCUCUACUUCUCCCUCACCACGGAGGCCCUCAGCUUUGCCAAGACACCCAGCUCCAAGAAAAGCACCCUCAUCAAGCUGGCCAACAUCCGGGCAGCAGAAAAGGUGGAGGAUAAGAGCUUCGGCAGCUCGCAUGUCAUGCAGGUCAUCUACACAGACGAUGCGGGCCGGCCCCAGACCGCCUACCUGCAGUGCAAGUGUGUGAACGAGCUGAAUCAGUGGCUGUCUGCACUGUGGAAGGUGAGCAUCAACAACACCAGCCUGCUGCGCUCCUACCACCCUGGUGUCUUCCGCGGGGACAAGUGGAGCUGCUGCCACCAGAGGGACAAGACAGAUCUGGGCUGCGACAAGACCCGGUCCCGGGUGACCCUGCAGGAGUGGAAUGACCCUCUCGACCACGACCUGGAGGCCCAGCUGAUCUACCGGCACCUGCUGGGCGUGGAGGCCACACUGCGGGAGAAGCACCAACAGCUGAGUGCAGGCCCAAAGGCAGGCGCUGUGCCAACAGGCCCUGGAGAAGCCCUUGGGGACCCACUGGCCCAGCUGCUCCAGGUGCUGCAGGACCUCCGGGAGGCCCACAGAGCCAGCCUGGCCGGCUCCCCGCGCGCGGAGCCCAGCCGCCUCCUGGAGCUGCAGACGUGAGGCUGCCCCACAUUCCCUCACCAAGCCCUUGCCAGGUGCUGGGAGACCCCCGAGCACUCUCAGCUUUUCACCUCAGUCCCUCUCGUUGGGGUGCAGGGCCUGGGUCUCUCCUGGGCUGGGGGAGCUGGGAGAGCCAGGGGCCUCGGGCCCAGAAGUCUGGAGCUGAUGUGGCCUCGGCCUGCUGCUGCCCAUCUACCAUCUCUAGGGGACUUAGGGAGCUCCAGCUCCUCCGUGAGGCCCGGCUGUUCCCCGCUAUCCCCGCAGCCAUUGCUGUCAACAACCCAGACUCCCCAGGGACCCUCCUCUCCUGCCCAGGGCAGACCUAGCCAGAAACCCCCCUUAGUGUGGUUCACACCCAGACAGACUGAUGCUCCUUGGACCCAGAGAGGCAGGAGGGAACAGAGGGCCCAGGAGAGCAGGCCUUGACCUCGGCACCGUUGCUUCUGGCCACCAUCCCACCUGCUGCCCUCGCGGCCUUGGCUACGCCCCCGGGAGAGUGUCACGGUGCUCUGUUGCCAACAAUAAACCUGCUAUGACCGCGGA